AUGCUGCUCCGGAGCAACCAGCCGGCUCGGCUUCUCCUGGCGAUUCUGCGACCUUUUUGCUUUACCCAGAUGCCGCACGCACGCACGCCAGAGUGA